CAAACUAAUAUUUAUUGGUUCGAUGUGAAAAGAAUUACUAUGACAGUAUGACUUGUUCUAUUUGAACCCACAAUCUGUGGUUGCUAGGCAAAAUAAGAAAAAACAAUUGACAAUAUUGCACUGUGCUGUGUUUUUAUUUUGUCAGUACAGGCUGUUAAACGCUUAACUUCCAUUAUAAAGUAUAUUUUUUUAAUGCGCUAUGUUUUAAUAAUAAAAAUGUUACAUCUGCAAUAUAAUUUUGUUGGAAGUUGAUGGAUUGAUUACAGAGUGCAGCAGAUUGAUUGGAGGUUGGCAUUUGUUCCACCCCCAGGGGCAGACCACCAGCACCACCCCCAAAUGGAAGGUUCUUAUUAACUAUCGGAUAAAAUGGUAUAAAAAUGUUCAUAGUAAAAUACCUUUCAAGGUUUAGACUCUUGCUGUAUAUUAGUUUUAUUAUAUGUAUAGUCAUAGUGACAACAAAUCAAUACUGGGGUAAUUUGUUGCCAGAGAAAACGUUGCGUACUCCUUCAUAUGAAGACAAUAUUACGACUGAUGAUUACAAUACGAAAGAACUGUUAAGUGAUGAGGUGAGAAUUUCAGAAAUUUACCCUAACUGCGGGUUACAAUAUACAUGUCCUGAUAAUACGUUUCCUGUUCAUGUAUACACAGGAGAGGACAAGGACGACCAACCUAGGUUGUGUGUGUUUGGGAAGUAUUACGGUGGAGGUGGAAGAGGUCUUAAUAUUGCAGUCGUAGAUGCUAAAUACCUACAAAUUGUGACUCUGCAAAAUUUUGACCUUUACAGUCAAAACAGUACUUCUUUAGAACUAUGGCUGGCGUCGUAUUUAAGAGUCAAUGACAUUGUCAUCGUUUUCACUUUUGACGAAGCUUCUAAAGAAUUGAGUAAGAAGGCUAAACAUAUGCUGUACGAAUUGGGUAGCGGAAAAAUACAGGAUCUGCAAUAUAGAAGUCAAUGGUACAUGAUAACACAAAAAGGAAUUUCAGGUUUCACCCCUCUUGAAAGGAUAAGUUAUGCUAGAAAUAACAAAUGGGGUGAAGUCAUCGAUGAAAGAUUGUGCGUUCCAAAAAAAAUUGAACCUUUGAUGAUUUCGCCUGAUCCUUUUCCGACGAUAAAUCCUCUGAGAGAACAGCUCUGCACUCUUUCAAAUGAGCUGAGAUGUGUUGAUUUCUGUGGCCCAUUGGAACGACACGAACCAAUUUUGCCAUCUUUAAUGACAAAUAGAAGUCUUAUAGGAAAUACUGUGUUUUCAACUCCAUUUAUAGUUAUUGCUGGUAAAUCCAUUACGACGCUUGUUCUUACCUUACAAUCCGUUGUGUAUCAACCAGGUAUCCAUUCAGCAUCAGUUUUUGUGCUUCAAGAAGAAGGAGAAGAAGAGAUAUACAAAUUAACCAAAGUAUUCAAUUUUCAACCACUCAUAAUAAAUUCGACUUCCACCGUGCCAAACUACAAGAUCCAUUUUGGUCUUAAUUUCAUUCAUGAAAAUUUUCCUACAAAGAAAUUUGUUAUUGUGAUCGAAGAAGGCUUAUUGCUAUCCCCUGAUUAUUUAUUUUAUUUAGCACAAUUAGUUCCUGUUUUAGAAAGAGAUGAAACAUUGCUUGGCAUAUCAGGAUGGAAUCCUUAUGGCUAUAACAGCACUUCAGGAAAUCCUUAUUUGGCUUACAGAGUAGAAGAUUUCCCAGGUUUAGGAUUUUUAAUAAAAAUGGAUGUAUUUGUAAAGAGUAUGAAAGGAAAUAUGGAAAAAUGCUGCAAUGGAAAAAGUUACAAUGGCUGGGCAUACAUUCUUCAAGAAAAUGAAGGCCAUAUUAUUAUUCCUGAUGUUUCCAGGGUCCUUAUGAGGCCAAGAGACAUACCGAAAGAACGAGAAGACGAUUACAGAAUAUUCAGAACUCCACGGAUAACAAAUACAAAUCUCAAUGUUUGGAUUGAACGGCCGCAAGAUUUAUUACAGGAUCGUUAUUUUCAGGUGAUAGCAAAUCUAAUCCAUGGGAGCAUAACAAUACACCUGACAAACGACGACCUGCAACUUUGUGCCAAUAAAGGGAAUAUAGCCAUGAAAAUAAUGCUCACUGAACUGAAAAAUAAAAUUUUCACUGUCUACUAUCAAGAGGAAAACUGUGUUUAUCAGGAAAAACUCAAAGGAUAUCUCAAAUGCUUUGACGUAUUCUUACCAAAUUAUUCCAAAGUGCAGACACUGUACAAAAACAUUAUGAGGUUUACAGCCAAAUCAAAUAUGGUACUUUUGAUAGAGCUUAACUCACCAUUUGCAAAGCAUAAAAAAAAGAAAUUAAUUUAAUCCGUGAAAUCUAACAGUAUUGAAAUAUAUGAUUGUAAGAUUUAGUAUAAUGUGAGAGCUAUCAGGCUGCUUCACUUUUGUUGAGCCAAAAUAAAAUAUUUUUAUGUACUAUUCAAAAUU